AUGUUGUCCGCUGUCCGUGCUGCUAGGUCCUCAUUGGCAAGGACUGGCGCAUACGCCAAUAUCCCCCGACCGAUGAUCGCCAGGAGUAUGAACUCCAAGGUCAAUGGUCCUGUUGUUGGUAUCGAUCUUGGUACCACCAACUCUUGCGUUGCGGUCAUGGAGGGUCAAACUUCUCGAGUUAUCGAGAACUCUGAGGGUGCUCGGACAACCCCUUCGGUCGUAGCGUUUACCAAGCACGGUGAACGAUUGGUUGGUCUUCCUGCCAAACGUCAAGCUGUCGUCAACCCCGAAAAUACGGUCUUUGCGUUCAAGCGUCUUAUCGGACGUCAAUUCAAGGAUCCCGAGGUACAGGAGGACAUCAAGCAUUGGCCUUUCAAACUUGUGCCUAGGUCCGAUGGUCGACCUGCAGUUCAGAUCGAUAAAGACGGCAAGAAGCAGCAACUGUCUCCUGAGGAAUUGUCGUCGAUGGUUCUCACCAAAAUGAAGCAAACCGCCGAAGGAUUCUUGAACAAGAAAGUCAAUCAUGCCGUCGUCACUGUCCCUGCUUACUUCAAUGACGCACAGCGUCAAGCCACAAAGGACGCGGGUACCAUUGCCGGUCUGGAUGUUCUCCGUGUGAUCAACGAGCCCACAGCUGCUGCCCUUGCUUAUGGCCUGGACCGUUCCGACUCCUCGAUCAUUGCUGUAUACGAUCUUGGUGGAGGAACCUUCGAUAUCUCUAUCCUUGAGAUGCAGAAGGGUGUCUUCGAAGUCAAGUCCACGAACGGUGACACCCAUCUCGGAGGAGAAGACUUCGAUGUCGUGCUCGUAAACCACCUCUUGUCCGAGUUCAAAAAGGAGUCUGGCAUCGAUCUGAGCCAAGAUCGUGUUGCGAUCCAGCGAAUCCGUGAGGCUGCUGAGAAGGCCAAGAUCGAGCUUUCCGCUUCAUCUCAAACCGAGGUUAACCUGCCGUUCAUUACUGCCGAUGCGACCGGCCCCAAGCAUAUCAACUCUCGGAUUACACGAGCUCAAUUCGAGAAGCUUGUUGAGCCACUUAUCCAACGCACUAUUGAGCCCUGCAAGAAGGCUCUGGCCGAUGCUGGCGUCAAGGCUUCGGAAGUCAAGGAUAUUAUCUUGGUUGGUGGUAUGUCUCGUGUCCCACGUGUGAUCGAGACCGUCAAGCAAGUCUUUGGUCGCGAUCCCAGCAAGGGAGUUAACCCCGAUGAAGCUGUUGCCAUCGGUGCCUCUAUCCAAGGUGGUGUCCUCGCCGGCAACGUUACCGACAUCCUCCUUCUUGACGUCACUCCUCUAUCCCUUGGUAUUGAGACCCUUGGUGGUAUCAUGACUAAGCUCAUUGCCCGUAACACUACUAUCCCGACCAAGAAGAGCCAGGUCUUCUCUACCGCUGCUGACGGUCAGACCGCGAUCGAAGUCAAGAUCUACCAGGGUGAGCGCGAGCUCGUGCGCGACAACAAGUUACUCGGCAACUUCAACCUCGUCGGCAUUCCCCCGGCCCCCAAGGGUGUUCCUCAAAUCGAAAUCACCUUUGACAUCGACGCUGAUGGUAUCGUCCAUGUUAAUGCCAAGGACAAGGCCACCAACAAGGACCAGAGCAUGACCAUUGCCUCGUCGAGUGGUCUCAGCGACAAGGAUAUCGAACGCAUGCUAGAGGAGAGCGAGAAGUUUGCAGAGGCCGACAAGCAACGCCGUGUCCUCAUCGAGGAGAGCAACCGCGCAGAGAGCGUAUGCGUAGAUACCGAAAAGGCCAUGAACGAGUUCAAAGAUCAACUCGAUGCUGCUGAGCGCGAGAAGGUCACCAAGCUCAUUACUGAGCUCCGCGAACUCGCAGCCAAGGGCCAGGCCGGCGAUGCUUCCGUGACCGGCGAGCAGAUCAAAGAGGCCAUUGGUGCCACUCAACAGGCAUCUCUCGGUCUCUUCCAAAAGGUCUACGAGAAGCGCGCUGCUCAAAACGCAGAGCCAGCCAAGGAGGAAGAACCCAAGGAGGAGAAGAAGGACUAA